CUCAGCCAUCCACUUUGUCCCCAACUCUUGAAAUCACUCACUUAAUCUAAGAGGCAUGUGGUUUGGGUCUUGGGUUCCAAGACCAAGGAAUGAAUUAGCAUUGCCUUUAGGCAACUGAAGUUAGAGAACUGUAAUCCAACUAUCAGGAAAUGGCGUCAUGAAAAUCUUUGAAUUCUACAUAGGAUGAUGGGAACUCAAAGCUGGUGCUGGGUCUUCCCUGAUCUCCCUUACUUCAACUAUAGGCAAGAAGGUUUUUGAUCAGAAAAACCAAAAGCAGAAUGACCAGGCCAUGAAAGGAAACAGAAUAAAAGCUUUAAACAAGUUUAAAGCAAACAUCAUCUAUAUAGCAUUUUUUUAAGAAAAAAAAACCUGAGGUUAUAAGGGGUGCAUAUUAAAAUAUUUGAAAAAUGCCGAUGGCCCUUUAAGUUCCUUAUUUUACAUCACUGUCAGGUGCCUAGUGUAGUAGUGUUACAUUGGAAGUCACUAUCUGUGUACACAUAACCAUGUGACAUCAAACUACUUUUAUCAAGAUUUGAAGUCCACAAAACAAAUGAAAGGAGUUAUAUAGUAAAUGAUGCUAAAGGACAACUGAGAGUGGGCAUAUAGCAUUGCGGUUAAGAUGCCCACCUCCCACACUGGCAUGCCUGGGUUGGAUUCCCAGAUCUGGCUCCUCAAUCCAGCUUCCUGCUACUGCAGAUGAUAGGAAGUAGUGGUGAUGAUAAAAUAUUUGGGUUACUGCCACACAUGUGGAAGGCCUGGAUUGAAUUCUAUUUCCCAAAGCUUCUGAAUGGGAGAAGUCACAGCCAUGGCAGUCAUUUGGGGCAGUGAACCAGUGGAGGGAAACUCUCAAAUCUCUAUCUGUCUGUGUCUCUGCCUCUCAAAACAAGCAGACACACAAUACUUGAGUGACUACUUCCAUCUACAAAGGAGGGCAAUCAGAAGAGCUAAGAAUGAUAAAACCCUAGAGGGCAACUGAUACCCAGCAAUAUUUCCUGAUUGUGAAUACCCAACUUUAAUUUGGUGAUUAGAUAAUGCAGUUCUAGCUAUUAAGGGUAUUAUAAUUAUUUCAAGUCAAGUAAACUAUACUGUUGGUUACAAGAAAAUAAGGUACACAGCACACUGUUAGCAAGAAUGUUUUUCCAAAUAGGGACACUUUUUAUUCUUCCUUUUUAAAAGCAAAUGGUGCUUCACCAAAUGAAAAUUUAGCAAGUAGAAAAGCACAAAGACCCUAGUUCAACAGAAAUAUAGGCAAGUGAUAUAAGUAGUAAUUGAAUGGAAAGAUGACCAUUUCACCCAUAGAUAGUAAAUGUUAAAGUAAUCACUGAUCAUUAAAAGUAUAGAAUAACAUAUUGUAGAUUCAAAAUAUAUUAUCUCAAAAAGGAAAAAAGUGAGCGAGGAGGGAAUGAAGAGUGAAUAUUAUUAUAUUGUGUCUAUGAACUAAAUUAAAUCCGCUAAAAACUAAAAAACUAAAAAUGAAUUCAAAGAAUAAGUUACAAUUGACUGUGAUCAUGGACUGAGUCCUUCUAAUGUUUAUGGUCUUCUAAAAUUUUUCAUUUGAGUGUCUCUAAAGUAGAUAUGCAUGGAAGGAGCUGAAUAACACGAAAACCAAUCAUGUAAGCACCCUAAGAAGCCUGAGUGUGUUACGGUUGAGAAGACUGGAAGAAGUUGUAUGCUUACCAGUGUAAAUAAGAAGGCAAAACACAUCAUAAAAAUUAUGAAUUUCAAAACUGUAUAGCACCAGGUUAACAUUUUCUUUUAAUUCUGUUUAUUAUAUAAACCUUAGAGUUACUCUUGAACUAUAUCUAUGACUAGUUGAGUUGAAAACUUAUACAGAGUGCUGGAUGCCUGUUCAUCAGUUUCCUUUUACAAACACUAUUUUCUUGUCCAGAAGGAAUGCAGGUUAUAUUGAAACACAAAAUCUUACACGUGUCUCAGAAUUCCAUCUCUUGGGAUUCUCGGAGGAUCCAGACCUACAGCUCCUCAUUUUUGUGCUGUUCCUGUCCAAGUACUUGGUCACGGUGCUCGGGAAUCUGCUCAUCAUCCUGGCUGUCAUCUCAGACUCCCACCUCCACACCCCCAUGUACUUCUUCCUCUGCAACCUGUCCUUGGCUGACAUGGGUCUCACCUCCACCACGGUUCCCAAGGUGAUUGUGGACAUCCACACUCACAGCAUAGUCAUCUCCUAUGUGGACUGCCUGACACAGAUGUCUUUUUCCAUCAUCUUUGAAUGCAUGGAUGAUUUCAUUCUGACAGUGAUGGCCUAUGACAGGUUUGUUGCCAUCUGCCACCCUCUUCAUUACCAGGUCAUCAUGAACCCCCAACACUGUGGCUUCUUAGUUUCAGUGUCAGUUGUGGCCAGCCUUUUGGAUUCCCUGCUGCACAGUUUGAUGGUCUUGCAAGUUACCUGCUUCAAGGAUGUUGACAUUUCCAGUUUCUUCUGUGACCCUUCACAGCUUCUCAACUUCACCUGCCUUGACACAAUCAUUCAUGACAUAUUCGUAUGUUUGGUUGGUGUCGUAUAUGCUUUUCUCCCUAUGUCAGCACUCUUCUUCUCUUAUUAUAAAAUCGUUUCCUCCAUUCUGAGGGUCCCAUCACCAGGUGGGAAGUACAAAGCCUUCUCCACCUGUGGCUCUCAUCUGACAGUUGUUUGCUUAUUUUAUGGAACAGGCCUUGGGGUCUAUCUCAGUUCAACUUUCUCACUUUCUCUGGGGGAGGGUGCCUUGGCCUCAGUGGGGUACACUCUGGUCACCCCCAUGCUCAACCCCUUUAUCUACAGCCUGAGGAACAGGGACAUCAAGAGGGCCAUCUGGAGGCUCCUCAGCAACACAGUCUCAGUGCCGUGCAUUUGGAGUACUGGUUGGAAAAGCAGCAAAGCUUAGUUCUAGAACUACACAUCUCACCUCCCUCAUUCCAUGGCAUUUGAGGCUCUUUUCUCUCCAUACAUGUGCCUUAAAGUGGCCUCUUUUGGUGUUUUUGGUGGAGAGCAUUAUAGAAUUUUUGUUCAUGUUAACCACAGGAUGUCUGAAUCCUAUGAUACUAUAGGUUCCUGUUGCUAAUGCAGACAUCCUAGACAGAUGAACAACUCUUUU